AUGCGUCUCAACACCGCCAUUUCUGCCAUUGUCAUGCUGGCCACUGCCGUCUCCGGCCAACACACCGUCAACUGCUGGGGUAAAGCCCUGCACGCCGACAUCAAAAUGUUCCCGGAGGCUAUCAGCUUCAUCGAACACGGACCACCUACCAUCACAGUUAACCCGAACGGGUGCAAGGGCCUAUUCUGCAAGGAUGGUAUGAGCGUCCGCUUCUGUACCGACUCCGAUGAGCCUCGCACCAUGGGAAAGAAAAACAUUGCCGACAGCGUCAGGGUUCUUUCCAAUGAAUGCAGGGAUGAGUACAAGGGCAAAACCGUUGCCGGUGGUGUUGUUGACCACCCUGACCACUGGUCUGUGGUUGUCCAGGGGGAGGACGACCUUUGCAAACCUCUUUCUUGA